AUGGCGGCUCUUCCGGGCUCACGCUUAUUGGCGCAUCGGGCAUGGGAUAGUAUGGGCAAUGGAGCUCUUUUCACCACAAGAAUACGACAGUGUAUACAGCCUGAGGUAGCUGGGCGAGCGAGGUGGGUGGCUAGCAAUACUCCAACCUCACGAAUAUCUACGCGACGUCUUGCGACGACACCUCCACCACGGCCUACACUACGGCCCUCAUCAAUCUCCCAGCGAGCAAGACGAGCACUCCAAACCACCUCGAAACAAACCCAAAAUGCUUCAGUAGUCACCACCACCCAGCAAUCCAAGAGCUACCGGGAUGAAGUCCGCACCUCCACUACCGAUCCAGCCGAGCACGACGAGGACGACGAACUCUCCGGCUUCAAACGCACGGAACGGGCCAACAAAGCCUCGCAAGUCAACCUCAGCGCCAAGCUAACCAAAGAAGGCGACGCCAACAAGUCUGGCGGCUGGGCGGAAGUCCGCCGUCUGCUCAUGAUCGCCUGGCCCGAGAGAGCGACACUCGGAGCAGCGGUAGUCUUGCUGCUAUUCGGGAGCUCCAUCGCCAUGAGCGUGCCAUUCAGCAUCGGCAAGAUCCUAGAUGCGGCGAGUAGUGAGGACGGGAAAUUGUUCGGUCUGAGCCAGGAGCAGUUUUUCCUGGCGCUGGGUACGCUGUUGGCGACAGGCGCUUGUGCGAAUUAUGGCCGGAUCGUGCUACUCCGAAUUGUCGGCGAGAGAGUGGUAACGAAAUUGCGCAGUCAGCUCUUCAAACGCACCUUCAUCCAAAACGCCGAAUUCUUCGAUGCCAACCGAGUCGGUGACCUGAUCUCGAGAUUAGGAAGCGAUACCAUCAUCGUCGGCAAAAGCAUUACGCAGAACGUCUCCGAUGGCCUUCGAAGUCUCGUCUCCGCUACAGCGGGCUUGACUCUAAUGGCCUACAUGUCCGUUAAGCUCACCGGCGUCAUCGCACUCAUCUUCCCGCCCGUCGCCAUCGGCGCCUUCUUCUACGGCCGCGCGAUCCGAAAUUUAUCCCGCAAGAUCCAGAAGAAUCUCGGGACGCUGACUAAAAUUGCUGAGGAACGGCUAGGCAAUGUCCGGACCUCGCAGGCUUUUGCAGGGGAGCAGCAGGAAGUGCAUCGAUACAACAACCAAGUUCGAAAGAUCUUCGCCUUGGGAAAGAAGGAAGCAUAUAUCAGCGCCACCUUCUUCGCCUCCUCUGGAUUCGCGGGGAAUAUGACGUUCCUCGCCCUCCUGUACGUAGGAGGCGGUAUGGUCCGCGACGGCAUCAUCACGAUCGGGGACUUGACCUCUUUCCUCAUGUACGCCGGUUACGCCGGGUCCUCGCUUUUCGGCCUGAGUGGCUUCUACAGCGAGCUGAUGAAAGGGGUGGGUGCGGCAUCGAGGUUGUUCGAGCUGCAGGAUCGUAAGAGUGAGAUUUCGCCUACGAUUGGUCAUGCGGUGAAGAGUGCACAAGGCAGUAUCGAGUUCAAGGAUGUGGCGUUCGCUUAUCCGACCCGGCCAGCUGUGAGGAUUUUCAAUGAUCUUACUUUUACCAUUCCGCAGGGGAGUAAUGUCGCUAUUGUCGCUCCAUCAGGAGCAGGGAAGUCGACAGUAGCUUCUCUUCUGCUCCGCUUCUAUACGCCUGAGGCAGGAACGAUUAAGAUCGGAGGCACGGAUAUCUCGACGAUGAACGCUAAGCAAUUGAGGCGGAAGAUAGGAUAUGUCGGACAGGAGCCCGUGUUGUUUAGUGGCACGAUCGCGGAGAAUAUUGCUUAUGGACGACCUCUAGCCACAAGGGCGGAGAUUGUGGCGGCGGCGAGACAGGCGAAUUGUGGGUUUAUUUCGGACUUUCCGGAGGGAUUGGAGACGUUCGCGGGCGCGAGAGGGACGCAGUUGAGUGGGGGGCAGAAACAGAGAAUCGCCAUCGCCCGCGCCCUGCUCAAGAACCCGGAUAUCCUCAUCCUGGACGAAGCGACCUCAGCCCUGGACGCCGAGUCCGAGACCCUGGUCAAUCAGGCUCUGCAUCGGAUGCUCGAGGGAAGCAACACCACAAUCUCUAUCGCGCAUCGUCUUUCUACGAUCCAGCGCAGUGAUACUAUUAUCUGUAUUGGAUCGGAUGGGAGGGUCGCGCAGGUGGGGGCUUAUAAGGUGUUGUCGGAGGAUAAGGAAGGGGCGUUUGCGAAGUUGAUGGAGUGGCAGAUGAGUGGGGGGAAGGAGACGCAGGCUGGGAAGGGGAGUGGAAAGGAUGGUGGGGAGGGAGAUGAGGAGGCUGCGAUGAGGCAGAGGUUGGAGGAGCAUGAUGGGGAUGGUGAGGGUGAGGCGGAGGCUGUGGGGGAAGGGGCGAAGGUUAGGGGGGAAAAUGAGACGAGUGUGGAGGUUGUUGUUGAGAGGGUUAAGGAUGGGGGGCGGUAG